ACCGGUGGCCGGAGAGCUAAGUGGCUCAGUUGCCUUUGUAUUUCUGAUGCGCUUGGGUGUUGAAGCUCGAAGAGCCGGAGGUUUCGUGAUGCUGCGGCCGAAUCUACUAAGGUCUCGGAAUGCGUGAGGACGUAAACAAUGCUAAACUAUGCCUGCUUAUAGUGUAAUGCAAUUGAUUCAGCUGUCAGAAUUUCCCGCAUAGUUCAAGGCGAAGUUUAGUUUUUUUCGCUUGUGUGCGUCAGCGGUGGCUGGGACAUCUGCAUCACCAGAUCCGCUUUCCUUGCCCCCGAGUAUUCAGAAGAAAAAAAAAAAAAAAGUUUGCUCAGCUGUCUGUCGUUCGGCCAGAUAAGAAGCAGCGUUCUCGCAUUUCGCAAUAUGACGCGCGCAUGAUCAGCAGGUCGAAAGCUCGUUUGCAUCGACGACAAUGGAUGAAGGAAAGUGCUCGGAGCUGUUGUCGCUCAUCGAAGACAAUGUGGAUUAUUUCGAGAGUGCGCAGUCGGACAUGGGACAACGUUUCUCCAACCAGUUAGGCGAUCUUCACGACGCGGUCACGCAACUUCGUGACGACUGCACGCUGAUCGCUCAAAAGGCCCACCUCUACGAUUUCGAUGCCGAGACACCUGGGAACGGAUACAGGACAUGUCUGAUCAUAGUGAACAGGUUCCUCCCCAUCUGCAUUAAGCUCUGCCGACAUGUCAUAGCCAGCAGGGAUUCGAUGUUCUUCAGGGCAGAGUUUUACCAGAAAGAGCUGGAGGCCCAUCUGAGCGUGGUCGCGGGAAUGCAAGUGAGCGCCCAGUUUUUACGCCGGAUGCUUGACGUUGGAACAGUGGGCGACUUGUUUGUUGGCGAGAAGCUGAGCAUUAAGGAACUCCUAGAAGAGUACGGGUCUCUUCCUCAAGUCGGCUUCUAUGGAAGACUGGCUGGCUUUUAUUUCUGUGAGUCAAUGCGCCGCAUCAUUACCGGACUCAACAUAGUCAUGGCUUCAUUCAGUGAUCAGUACCGUCAGUCUGGAGGGGCACUUGCCCACGCUGCGGCCUCACUCAUCAACUGUGGCAAGUACACCUUGAACCCAGAGGCAAGAGCCAACCACAUUGUCGACGUUACUCAGAAUGCAUCUCUGGACUUCCUCAAGGCUUUCUGGAGCCUCAACGAAGGAGAACUCCUCAAGCGUGUCCCCCAGUGGAUCUGCCCCUCAUUGGAGGUGUGUGAAGUAGUGACUGUGCCUGCAAAGAUGCAGAGGUUGCCAACUGAAAAUGGACUGGCCUGGGUAGACAUCCCUGUGCCCUCUUCUCACCUGCCAAGGGCUGCUGUUCGCUGUCGGCUGCUCUCCUAUCGGUGGAGACAAGGACAGGAGGCUGUCACAGGGAGCCGAUGGUUUUCUAGUCCAUCCCCACCAUCCGAGGGCUUGCUGCUUCAUUGCCAUGGUGGUGGGUUUGUGUCCCAAACUCCCGACUCUCAUGAGAUCUACCUGAGGGACUGGGCAAAGGACCUUGAUGUGCCCAUCCUGACAGUGGACUACUCCCUGUCCCCGGAGGCACCGUUCCCUCGGGCCCUUGAGGAGGUGUUACAUGUUUAUGCCUGGGCUCUCAUCAACCACAAAAAGCUUGGUUGGACCGGGGAAAACAUUUGUGUGGCUGGUGACAGUGCCGGAGGAAACCUGAUGUUGGCUCUCUGCCUGAAGACCAUUGAGCUCAACAUUCGGAGACCGAGCGGGGCGUUUGCAGCAUACACGCCCGUUAUGCUUAGCAUGGCACCGUCACCCUCAAGAAUUCUGUGUGCUGUGGAUCCUCUGCUCCCUCUUGGCUUCAUGCUGACCUGUCUUCAUGCAUACAUUGGCUGUGCCACUGAGCCAGACAUCAGACUGUGUGCCAAAGCACCUCCAGAGAAGCCGGCCCGUCGGCAGAGUGUGACGGAACACGGCAUGUCGGAUUCCAGUCAGAGUCCCACAGAAAGUGUUCAUGUUUCUAGUACCCAGCCUGCACAGGAGAAUGAGGUAGAGAUGGGUAACCCUGUGAGCACCUCGCUAACGACGAAGGCCAAGAUGCCUUUGACCCGCACAAAGAAUGUGGUGCAGCUCGAAGUGGCGGGAGAACUGCCUAGCCAGUACCUCUGCCGCUUUGCAUCUCAGUGUGACGACGCAAACACUUCGUGCCAAGGCGGGCAGCAUGAAGAUGAACACAUAGUGCUAGAGAUGCCCGUGGACCUGACGUUCCCAGUACGUAAUCGGUGCUGUCGUGCAGCCACGUACUGGGUACGGGCGCUGGUGACUGUGCUCAGUGCCAGCCACCUGUACCAGAGGCAUGUGCUGGCCAACUGGGAGCUGCUGUGCGGCCAAAACGGCAAGAAGAGAAAAGGCCUGGCCGUUCCAUGGUUCCGAAGGGCCUCGCGCUUUGACCGCAAGUUUCAGACCAUGAAGAUUCUGGCCAGCAACCCGUUCAUCUCGCCCUACCUCGCCCCUAGCUGGAUGCUCCAGAGGAUGCCUCCUUGCUAUUUUGUGGGCCUUCACCUGGACCCCACCUUGGAUGAUCUUGUCAUGCUGUCGAAAAGGCUGAAGGCGGCAAACAGCUAUGUGCAACUUGAGAUAUUGGACAAUCUGCCACAUGCUUUUCUUAAUUUUCUGCCUUUUAGCAAAGAAGCUCACGAAGGUUCCAAGAGGUGUGUUGAGAUGAUCAAGCAAGCGCUCUGUAUCAAAGUGCCAUAGUGUACAGGGAUGUAUAACUUAAGCUCACUGUAAUCCUGCAAAAUGGUGUACAGUCGCGUGCGUUACGGAUUUAUGCUUCUUGCAUUCCCAGGGACCAAGAUGGAUCUAUAGCGUUGUUGCUUUAUAUGCUGUAUGAUGCAAGUAUUCGACAUAUUGUAACAUUCCUUUUCUUUUAGCUUAAUGGGCUGCAGCUAUCACUUUAAUUUAUCAUAUCACCUAUUAUAUUACUGUUACUAGUGAGAACAGGUACAAUGUACCACAGAUGUACCAGGCUGGCUCUUGGUACACUUUUAUUUUUGUACACAUCAUGUAGAGUUUUAAGGUACUGUAACUGUUUUGCUCCUUUGAGCACAAGUGGAGAAUUUUUAAUCGAGAGGAUUUUUGUGUGGAAGUAUAGAGCUGUUGUGACAGCUACCGAGUGACAUAUUUAGGUUUGAUAGAAGGUUAUUGGGCUUCUUUUAUAUUCAUACACUUUUCCUUGGAAGAAAUACAUUUUUACGUAUUCGUUAAGUACAUUGCCAUUUUUUUAUGUCAUCCCCUGAAUGCAACAAAAGCUGCGUUGCUGCCUUUUGUCUACCUCACUAGCUACAAUGGCACAGCUACUUUUAUUUUAAAAUGGUACAAAAAUAAAACAUUUUUUAAAUAAA